UCUGUGAGACGGAGAACAUAGUGUCAACUAAACUGUAUUGUACAAGGAGGCAUCAUGGCUGUGGUGGUUCUGUUUCUGUGUAUUUUGCUGGCUGGGUCACUUUCGGGGCUUAUUCUGCCCAUGACAACGCCAGUCGGUAGUACUGACAUGGCCAGUCUUUUGAGUCACGUCUCUCUGCUGGAACAGAAUAUGGCCAGUCUCCAGACAACCACUGCACAGCUUCAAACGGACUUACAGGUGACAAAGAACAAGCUUCAGAACACACAGUCAGAGCUACAGAGUACGAAGAAAGACCUCCAGUCUACUCAGGCAGAAUUACAGACGAUGAAGAGGGAAGAAGAAAGAAGACUCGAUAAGCUUGAGAAGGAUGUAAAUACAACGUCUUCUGGUGUGCAUGGUGUCAGACAAGAUCUUCAGGCCACCAGGUCAGAUCUCAAUGUGGUGGAGACGAACCUCAGUCUGACCAAUUCCGAAAUUUCAACUUUGAAAAGUAACAUGUCUGGACUUGAAAAGCAAUCCCUGGACAACAAGCAGGCUCUGACGCAGGUUUCACAAACGCUCGUAUCAAAGACCAGAACGGUGGCAUUCCACCUAAACGAACCCCCUGUCUCAGCCGCUGCUCACAAACCCCUGAAAUUCUAUAACGUCAACCACAACGCCGGCUCUGGCUACAACAACAUCACAGGGAAGUUCACCGCACCCGUCUCUGGAACCUACAUGUUCUGGACACAGCUGCAGGUGAAGGGAUAUAACGAAGGCAUGUACGUCCGCAUCAUGAAAGCAGGGAUGGCGCUAGCGGCCGGGUACGUGGAAAUACAUUCGAGCAUGAAUACUGCUGAUGCUUCUGCUGUAACUGUCGCCCAUCUGGACAAGGAGGAGCAGGUGUGGGUGGUCCCAUUGUACCAGAACGGGGCCUUGCUUACAAGAUCUUAUUUUGGUGGCGCUCUGCUAUCAGUGGACUAAUAAUUGACCGUUGUUAUGUGAUGUGAAUCAGUUUCAGUGAUAACAUUUCGUGAUGGGGGUUCACUCUCGAUUGUCAGACGUGCCAAUCACCAGACAGGCCAGUGAAGAGUAACCAGUAUCACUGUCUUACCUACUUAUUUAAUAAGCAUCGCCCAACUAUAAGCAGUGUAAGAUUCUUCAACUAGUUAGGCGAUACAGAUUAACCAGAUUGUGUAGUUUGUUUGUUUGUUGUUAACGCCACACUCAGCAAUAUUCCAGCUAUAUGACGGCGGUCUGUAAAUAAUCGAGUCUGGACCAGAGAAGCAAGUGAC